GGCUGAUGCUGCUGGUGCUGCUGCUGCUGGUGGUAAGUUCGUCGAUUUUCUUUCGCCAGCCAACCAGCCAGCCAGCCAAUCGUUGUUGGAGGGAAAAAGGUAGUUAAUUGGCGUUUUAUUGCAUCGCGAAAAUCGCGUUUCAUUUGGUCUGUGUUCUGUGUCCGUCGUAAACGCGUAACCAACGACGACGCACGGUAAGGGACUUUAGUGUGGUUCUCGUUCGUUUUGGAAGCCCCCUCAAAAAAAAAAAACAAGUCCAUUCCGUGCUGAUUUACGCGUCGGGCAGCAGUGGACGCAGGAAACGAACCGUCGUCGAUUGGAUUGCUGUUCUGUGAUUCCCUUUACCGUUCGCUCGCUUCGCGUACUCGUAGUGCCCUGGACUCCAGCCUCCAUUCCUCGGGGCCAUUCGUGAUUCGUGCGAAAAGUAAGUGUCGAGGUUAGGUUUUUAGUGUCGAGAGAUUUCAGGAGUUUGGUCGAGAUUUUCCCAUUUCAUAUCACGAGUGAACACAGCGAGUGUCGGUGUCUGGGUGUGCGUUCUGUUCUCAUGCGCGCGCCAUAGCGUGUCCUUCAAGAUGUGAUAUUAUUGUUAUGGUGUUGGCCUCCAAAACUGUCUCCACCGUCAUCAUCAUAUCAGUGAUCAGCCUGACGAGAUGCUGUGAUUCUUUUGUGGUCGCGUCUCGAAAACACGAACACGGUAUCCUUGGGCGCUGUAGCCGCUGUAUCCUUCCGGUGGAAUAGUGGCGGAUUAUGUAAACGAACCGUGUGACCGGCGUGUCAUUCAACUUUCCGUAGCCAGGCUCCGUGAUGGCCAGAGGAUGUGCUGCUGCUCAACACGACCACUGGACUGUACCAGCAAUCGGUGACGCUAACCGCCCGAAUGUAUCCGAUUGAGGCCACGGCGGCAAAGUCGAUCUGGGGCCUACCGACGCUGAUCUGGGGUAUACUGAUCGGAACCGUGGUGAUACUCCUGCUGAUUCUAGCGACACUGUUCUUCUGCUGCUGGUUACAGCCACGAACGCGUAAGCUACUCAACUCGAGCUACUACACGACCACCACCAACAACGGAAACGCCUCGCAAAGCUCGAUCGUGGCCAAAUCGUGCACGAGCAGCAGUGACUCGAAUCAACUAGUGAUGCCCCUGUCGAUUGGCAUCUGCCCACCACAGUACAGUGCCCCUCCACCGCCCCAGCAGUCCCAGCAAUCCCAGCAGGGCACUCAAUCGCACCACGGUUCCACCACCGGGGGCAGUAACAGUUCGCUUCAUCAUGCCUCCCAUGGGGCCUCGGUUCAUCAUACCUGCAACGCAGCAACGUCAUCGUCGAGCGGAUCGGUACCGAUUGGUGGUGUGUGCAACAUGGCGUCCGGAAGUGGGCAUGACUAUGCCCAUGUAAAGUACGGCAGCUCUCCACAGCAGCAACAGCAGCAGCAAUACUCGCAGCAACAGUACGGUCAUCAUCAUCACCCCCAACAGCAACAGCAGCAGCAACAUCAUCAGCACCAGUGCAUCCACUAUCAGCAGCAAUACAAUCAGCAAUUACAGCAGCAGCAACAGCAGCAUUCCCAACACCAGCACGGUCACCAUGUGCAUGGGCAACAUGGCCAGCAACAGCAGCAAUACAGUCCCUACAAUCAUCAACAGUACUACCAUCAUCCUGCGCAGCAUACGCAUCAGCAACAGCAGUACCUGCACUAUCAGCAGCACCAACAACAGCACCAUCAACAGCAACAAAGGGAACAUCACCACCAGCACCAUAGCCAGCAGUCACAGCAGCAGCAUCAGCACCAGCACCAUCAAUCAUCCUCGAGCCAUCAUCAGUCACCACAGCAACAGCAGCAGCAGCAACAACAGCAAGGACAGCUUGUGCACAGUCAGAUGCACAAAUCGAUGUGGGCAAUCAAUCCACUGUACGCGUCGAGUGGAGUGAUUAGCGAUGAAAACGAGGGUGAUACCAGUACUUCCUACCGGACACGAUCCUUGCCAUCGUGGGGCAAAAACAAGCAGCGCCCACUCUCGAAUGCUGACGAUCUGGAGGAGCUGUACGCGAAGGUAAAUUUCAGUAAAAAACGACGGAACCGGAUGCGCAAUGAUGAGGCAGCCAUCAUAGCGUUAUGCCGAUCGAGAUCGCAGAACCUAGCCGCCCUGCCGCUCGGCACUGACCAGGAUGCGGUGGUAGUGUACGAUGAGCGAACGGCACUAUAGAGGUAUGCGACAGAGACCUGCCCCUACUUCGUUGGCGACCCUGCGCUAAACACGGAACACAACACUUCUUCUACUUGCUGCCUUGUCAACUAGCCCACUACUAGGGAUCUUUGUAUCGAGAGCCGAUCGCCUUGUAGAAAAGAAUUCUAUUGCUACUAUGGUGCAGUCGGCAGCCGGCUCGUGUAGAUGAAUUAUCGCGAAGCAGUUUCUAAGGAGAUGAUUGACGAUCAUAGCCAAAGUUUGUACUAGUCGUAAACCGAUCGAAAGUAGAUGCGUUCGUUGCGCGCACGUAGAGAAAUGGGCCAUCGCUUGGUCACGCCUGGCAAUGCGGAAGAGGCAGGCGAAACAAUAUUUUUAGUGUAAAAUAUACAACAAUCAUCGUAGCAAAUCCAUUUCCAUUCGUACGUGCGCGCACGCUCUACUGUAGCUAGAAAUCGUUACGCACGUGAUUCAGGAAGGACAGUAGUGCUGACGCCUUUCUUGAACGCUCUUUUCGAUGCUCGAUCGUCUUUGUCGUCGUCGUCGUCGCCGUCUAGUUGUAAAAUUGCAUUCGAUCGAACAUUUGAAUCGUUAACUUCUAAUGCGUGCAUAGAUUGUAUAGAUAUCACCGCCAAUCGCGACAAGAUAGUUGUCUGUAGAAUACGAUCCUUUUUGUUGUAGUUUCAUCAUGCCAAGGAAGGACCGGUGGCCGAGUGAGAUGGCUGAAAUCCCCAAAACGCAGAACAUGUGUACAUUUGUUUAAAACAAAGACUGAUAACUAAACCUAGAGCAAGGGGGAGAACUCUAGCACACAUUUCAUAGAUUACCUCUUCUCUCCCCAGAGCUUCCCAACCCCCGCCCUUCUUCUCCACCUUAUCACCACAUUCCUUUCCACCUUCAAUCCCAACUGUUCUAUCAGAAGCAAAGCUAUAGAUAAGCCAGCCUGCUAUGGCAAGAGAGACAGGACAGUACAGUUCGGUGAAGGGCAAGACCGAAGGCAUGUAGUAAAAGCACGAUUUUUGCUGUAAAUGAACCAUUCAAUUGUAUUCGAUUGUUUUUUGUGUGAAGACUAGCUCAGAACACGGUGCAUUGUUCGUUGGCUCCGUUUCUUGCCGAUACUUAGUGCAUCAUUAGGAGUGCAACUCAAAAAUACAGGAUUUGUUGCAGGCGCAUAUCUGUUUGUUGAGACUGGCGCGUUCUCUCUUCUCCCGAAGGUGGAACAGAACACACUUUGUGUAGAGCUGUAAGUUCGUUUUGCUUGAGAAGCGAUAAAGGAGCCGCGUUCUGUAUCACGAAAGGCGCAGGAAUCGAAUGCAAAGGAAAGUCUUAGGAAAAUUGUUUGUCCGACACACUCAGAUCAUAGUUGGAAAAUAUAAAAAGAUGAAUUGACUUACGAUCCUCAA